AUGCCCAAUUCAUUCUGGGAUCUUCCAAAUGACAUUCUGCUGUCAAUCUUCGAUCAGCUUGAUACUCGCGACAAGGCAGCGCUUGUCGCCAUCAAUUCCAAAUAUCUAGGUCUCCUCGAAAGGCCACUCUACCGCCACAAUGUUCGCCAUGAGGACGCAAGUGCGAUGAUGUGGGCUGCGCGGCGAGGUAGGCUUGACACCCUUCAAAAGGUCUACGCUGCCGGAGCAGAGCUUAACGACCGCACGUCUUCUUAUGAUCUGGACCGGAACCUGGCGAGGCUGUCCCCGUCGCUCAACAGAGGAGAUGUCGAGUUUACCGCGUUGCACCUGGCCGCGCGCGCAGGCCAGGACCGCGUGGUUCACUGGCUGCUUGACAAUGGAGCGAGGAUUAAUGCCCCGGCCUUGGGACUUUGUCGCUGCGAUAUGCUUCUUGAGGAUUUUGAGGUCGACGCUACUGGCCACAGCCAUUCUGAAGAUGUCUGCUUUUCCAAGACGCCGGUGACGCCUUUACACCUGUCGAUAUGCUUCGGAAGAGACUCUACUGCCGAGAUUCUUCUCCGUCGCGGCGCCUCACCAUUUCCUCCACUGCACACCGACGAGGAUGUUCCCGCCCUGACCGCCUUUCACACUGCUGCCUUCAAAGGUCGACUUGAUACACUUCAGUACCUUGCGAAGACGCGGCCGGACCUAAUACACACGACGGACAGUUUUGGGCGUAACGCACUGCAAUAUGCCAGCCUCAACACUGCUGAUCAGCGGGUCGUUCAGGUCCUUGUCGACCUCCAACUUGACCCGCCUGACGAAGAAGACGAGUGUCUGCCGCCCCUGGAGUGUGCUGUCUGGAACCACAACUUCGAAGCAGCAAAUGCGCUUCUCGAUGCCGGUGUGACCAUACACACCCAAGGCACACGAUUCACCGCUUUACACAUGGCUUGCAUCGGUCGCACUCAUUCCCAUCUUUCCCGAGGCAUGAAUGGUGACGCAUGGGAGCAGUCCCGCCAAGAACUGCUUCAGAGGCUCGUUCAGCUUCCAGAAGCUGAUCUUGAAAUGGAACGGAGUGAAGAUUAUUACCCGGAGCCGUAUGAGGGCCGCACACCUCUGAGUUUGGCCUUGACCCAACCGAUUCGGAAUGUCGAGAUCCUUCUAGAGGCCGGUGCUAGGCCGGAGCCGGACACGCUACAAUACUUACUUGAGCCCAUAGGAGACGAUGACGAACUUGAUCAGAAAGUUGUGAUGCUGCUGAAGCAUGGACUGCCUCUGGAAGGCAUCUACGACGACAAUGAGGAAUUUGUGACUGUUUUUCACAAGAUUGUUGAUGACCACCUUUCGGCACUAUAUCCCAUGCUUUUAGAUUUAGUCCUGGACAACAUAGGGCCGGCAAAUGCUUCCGAGGCAUUUCUUCGCCAUAUGUCAGACCGCUUAUUCAUGAGGGCAGCCCGGUAUCCUUGCCAUUUUGACUACGGAGCUCUGGCAAGAUGCGCCAAACUCAGCAGAAGGGGCUAUGGUCCUGUCUCACUUCCUUCUUCGGAGCUUAGCCAGCUUCUGCGGCUGAUCAUCCGUAACGACAACGUGCGAGCGUUCAGCCAGCUGCUGGAGAUUGCGCCUCACAUUCUGGAGAACGAUAAGCUCCUCCGCAAUGUCUUGUCCACAUCACCCGAAAGCGAUGGAAUAAGUGCGCCCGGUCAAAUACCGUUGAAGCUUCUCGGUAUGCGGAACUGGGAUCUUUCGCCCAAAAGGCCACACUUGGUCAUGGCUGUGAAGCGUGGCUUCAGAGCAGUUGUCAAAGAAAUGCUUGCGAGAGGUGCAAACCCUCAAGUAGCUGAUCUGAACGGUGAUGUUCCCAUUGAAACCAUCAUUUCUUGUCCUCCGCAUGCAAGAAUGUCUGUGUUGGAGUGUCUGGUCGAAGCAGGAGCCGACAUAUUUUGGCGUGUCAGAGGGAUAGACGGCCAUGACAAAGCCUCUUUUGCCAACUGCAUGGUGAUAAGCUACCGGGACGUAUACCUAAACAAUAUCGGGCUGAGAACCCCAAUCACAGUUCUCGAUAGGGCCCUCACUCAAUAUUGGGAUCUCACGGACGUUGUGAAGCAUCUCAAACUCCAAUCCGUCCCACCGGCGUACCUCUUCAGGUUUAUUUGGACAUGCGUCGCUCUUUGCAUCGUCUGGCCAGACCGCAGCCAGCCGAUACUCAAACUCUUCGCAUACUGGGCGACGCUCGAUCGAGAAUCUCGAGACACGUCCGAGACGCAAUUCCUUCACGUUCUCUGCGGGCUCUGGGAGUGGAUAUCCAAGGACAACAUGCUGAACGUGCUACAUAAAACAGCCGUCGAGGUCAUCUGGAUUGUCAGAUAUGGCCUGAACCGGUCCAUGGUAAAGCGUGCACCGCCGUUCGACCAGCUGUGGAUGCAGAUUGCCGAUUGGAUGAUGGCCAAGAAGCGAAGUGGCGGUCGCAACUACCGCCUCGCGCACCUCAUGAGGGACUACUUCGUGAUCGAGACGGUUGACGGGCCGUCGGGCCCCAGAAAAGUGAUCGUGUCCCUUUCGUCUGGCCAAGUGGAUCGCAACAAGAUAGCCGACUCUCAAACGCGCAAUCGAGUGGUCAGAGAUGCACCAGGUCCCGGUACACUCAGGGAUCUGAGGCCUCGGGGGGAAAAGGCAAAGAUUGAGACAAACACGCCGCCACCGCAAGGAAAGUCCAGAGUGGAAUGCAUCUUUGUCGAUGAGACUCUGUGGCGCCACGAGAACAAACAUGCUCUUGUUCCAUUCUUGUCACGCUUUGAGACGCAAGCAAAACUGCAAAGAGAGAGGCAUGGUAAAUUCAACCAGAGAGGGGCCCCGGUCUAA